AUGGCAAACUCUCCACGUAUACCAGUACCACAAGUAGAGGUCAUCGAGAUCAUCAACUCGUCACCGAUGUCUCUUGCUCUAAGUACGGCUGCGAGGCGUCGAACGCGCUCAAGAUCACCAUCGGAGCGUCGGUCUCCUGAGGCACCACCAAGCGGAGCAGAAGUACUCUCGGAGGAUGUGAUUGAUAUAGAUGACUUGGUUGAUGAGAGUGUGGAAAUCGUGGAGUCGAGCGGGCAUCUCAAACGCAGGCGUACCCAACCACCUCAGGUGCCUCCAACAGCCGAGUCCCGCACCGUUGCACGCGCUGUCUCCCCAGCAGGCAGUACCCCUGAGCCUCCUGGAGGGUGGAGGACUCGUCGUCAUCCUAUCAUCGCUCGUUCUCCACCACCCGCACCGCGCACCGGCCCUUCACAAUCUUCUCACGUGUCAAAUGACAUUAUCAUCCUCCCAACUCCACCUUCCGGUCGUACCCUACGCUCCUCGGCCCGCCGCUCGUCAGCAAGUAUUGGGGGAUUGGCCUUACCCGCCGGUGGAGUACGUGGCGUGGAUCUCGACCCGAACUUCUAUUUGCCUCCCGAUCCCCCCCAUAUACCCUCACAUAGAAACCGACGAACCGCCCGUCCCCAAACCCCGCAAGCUGGUCCCAGCAAUACUCGCAAACGGAAGCAGCCACCUCGCCGAGCUCCUCCAGUAGUUUCUCUCCCAGAUAAAGACGUGUUCAUCGCGGCAGAAGUCAAGGCUCCCAGUCGCGGGCCCAGCCCAAUCACUCCUCUGUCUUCGCCCGCCCAACCCGGAUCCCCAACUCAUUCCGGCUCCUCUGGUACGACCAUCCCCGCUGCUCCUCCUACUCCGCCACCUCUCCAACCCCUCACCUCUUAUACAUGCCCCAUCUGCUUCUCUCCUCCCGCACACGCAACCAUCACUCCCUGCGGCCACCUCAUGUGUGGCGAAUGCCUCUACAACAGCGUCAAGGCCAAUCUGGAGCGGGCGAUGCAGGCCCCCCCAGGUGAUGCGCAUCCGCAGUGCCCAGUAUGCAGAGCGAACCUCCACUUGAGGGGAACGAGGUUCGAUGGUGGUGGCAAGAACUGCGCAGUGGGAAUGUGGGCACUGGAGGAGAUCGAGUUGCGGUGA